GCGGCGGGGCCUGCCCGGGCGGGGGGCGCCUGGGCUGCCCUGCCCUGGGUAGGAGCGUCGCUCCGUGUCCCGUCCCUCCCUGCCCUUGUCCCAAGCCCCUCCCCAGCUUUCCUGGAGCCCCUUCAGGCCCUGGAAGGUGCUCUCAGGUCUCCCUGGAGCCUUCUCUUCUCCAGGCUGAACACCCCAACUCUCCCAGCCUGUCUCCAGAGCAGAGCUGCUCCAGCCCUCCCAGCAUCUCCGUGGCUCCUCUGGACUCUCUCCAGCAGCUCCGUGUCCUUCUGUUGGGGACCCCAGAGCUCUACACAGCCUUCCAGGGCUGCUGUCUGUCACCUCAUCCCCCAGCCUGUAUUGAUAAUAAGGAUUGCCUGCUGAACUUCAUGAGGCCAGAGCCUCCCUCAGCUCCCUCCUGUGUCCCCACGUGCAUCCCAAUGCACCCACAGUCCUGCUGCUGGUGUCCCCAUGUAGUCCUGCCCCAGGAGAUGGCCUGGGCUCAUUGGCACAGCCUCAAGACUAAAGCUUGCCAGGCAUGGUCUGAAGUCUUCAAGACCUACCUGCAGCUUCGUUUCACUUGCUUUAGCUGUGUGAGCCAUUUCUCUACUUAUCAGGUGUCUAUGGCUAAUUCAUUUUACUUAUUUCUCCUUGUGUGAUACAGCCCUGCUUUUAUAUAGGCAGUAUCAGCAAGCAGUUAUUGUAGGUAGAAUGAGAUAUUUACAACUCUUAACACAAUGAUGUAAAGAAAUACAGGCCUGGUGAAACAGCUGAGGUCUUGAGAAGUGAAGACACAGGAUUGGGCAUAGAAGGGAACAGGCAUGGGGUGAUAGGAAAUGGGGCAGAGCUUUCAUGCUGGAGACACCCUGGUUAUAAACUACCUAAUGAUUAGUUAAAAAAUUGCAGGCCCAGACCUGGACAAAACUGGGUUUAGGGGUAACAAGGUAAACAUAUCUAAGAUAUGUACAGGAAACAAUUUAGAGUACAUUCAAAUGCACGUGUAUAAAGAAAGAGAAAGGUAUACAUUUAUGUUAGCAAACACACAUAUGUGAGCCUAAGUGGAAGGGAAGAGUAGAAAAGGAAAAAAAAAAAAGAGGAUGUGGAAACCUUUCAUAAGAUCAUCACAUUCCAGUGAAGGACCCCACAUGCUGACAACUUGCCAUGAGAUGCCCCCACUGCAAACACCAGAGUGAACCACAUGUCUUACUAUCCAGAGGAGCAGCAGUCAGGCUGGAUCCCUUGCUCAGCUGACACUGAUGUCCAGCGUGGACAGGAGCAGAAGGGCAGUGCUGCGAAAGCAACAGGAGGAAGAGGCUCAUUCCUGUAGCAUCAUUCUUCUGACCACACGUACACAUGGGCAAUAACAGCAGCUCCACAGUGGAUGAUCUGCAGGCUGUUGAGAUCCACCACUGGUACAAGAAGUUCAUGACGGAGUGUCCUUCUGGACAGCUGACAGAGCAUGAAUUUAAGCAGUUCUUUGGGCUUCGAGGGCUGGACCCAGAGGCCAAUGAGUACAUCGAGCAGAUGUUCCGUACGUUUGAUAUGAACAAGGAUGGAUAUAUUGACUUCAUGGAAUAUGUGGCUGCCCUCAGCCUUGUCCUCCGUGGAAAAAUGGAGCAGAAGCUGCGUUGGUACUUCAAGCUCUAUGAUGUCGAUGGCAACGGCUGCAUCGAUCGACGUGAGCUGCUCAACAUCAUUAAGGCUAUUCGAGCUAUUAAUGGUGGUGACCAUGAAACCAGUGCAGAAGAGUUCACCAACCGAGUCUUCAACAAAAUCGAUGUGAACGGCGAUGGUGAACUUUCUUUGGAUGAGUUUGUGGAGGGAGCAAGGAAAGACGAGGAGUUCAUGGAGGUUAUGAUGAAAAGUUUGGACCUGUCACACAUUGUGGCAAUGAUCAACAACCGUCGGCACAGUGUAUAGAUCAAGCUGGGAGAAAACCGUACCAAGAGACAGAAGGGUGUGCACACAACAGAAAAGAGAGACAGCAUUUUAAGAAACAAACAAAAGUUCCAUGAACACUUACAUGGCAUCAAGAACAGAAAGACUCUGCUAUAUUUGUAUAUCUGAGUGUGUGUUCCUUUACAAAUGCCAAAGCUCAGCCCCAUACAUGCAGGGCAGGUUCAGAAAAACUGCAUCUGGAUGGCAGCAUCUGAUUUGACUUCCUAAAAUUUGAAGGGCAAGUUUCAGGGCACAAAUUUCCACUUUAUUCUGUGUCCCAAAUUGUCACUUUGCAAGGGACUAAAAGUAACACUAAGUUUGUGAAGAGCAGUAGCAGAACUGGGUGAUGGAGUGUGAACAAUUUCUGACAUCUACAAAAUAAGAGCUUAAAACUGUUAUCAAUGUAGAAAACUAUCAAAAGAACGUAACAUGUCCUGUUCUUGUCACAGUAUUAGAUCAUAAACAUCAUCAUUUUUGUCUGUACCAGAUGUGCUUGGCUUUGGUAGUCUCCACAGAAGCAGCUUUAUUAAUAAUAUGUCAAAAGCUCAAAGAAAAAUCAGUCUUUAAGGCUGUUAAGUGUCAAAUCUGUUCCCAGCUGCACUGUCAGUAAUGCUGCUGUUGGUAGCUUUCUGUGGUCAAAGAAAUCUUUACCAAACAAGUCAGCAGUUUAGGAGCAGUUUCUGUAACCAAAGAAAACAUGCUGUACAGUUUCCCAAAGAAGAAGAAUUACCUGAGAGAUCAAAUCUUUUUUUAUGCUUGUUAUCCUACUGCUCUCCUCUCAUACAACUGAAUAAAUGCAGGAUGUGAAGAAGAUUCCAAUAUUGUUGCUUCACACAUCCUUUAUUGGUCUUUCUUUUCGUUCACGGAGAGAAAACCUAAAGCAAAAGAAACAACUCAGCAAGGUGACUUGUGAAUUCUGCUGUUCACUGAAUACUGGAAUGAAGUGGAUACUCUCUAUCAGUUCUGCCAUAGGCUGUGUCUUUGUGAUGGAGCAGGGACAGAAAUGGCAAACUGUGUCUUGUUGACUAAUGUUAGGUAAGGUCACAACCAGAAGCUCCUUCGAAUCCAGAGAGAGAACCAGAAGGUAAGAAGAGUGCAGAAGUCCAGCAGAGUGCCUGUGCCAUAGUUGGGUAUGUUUUUCCUGUGCAGAAGGAAGAACUUGCAGUCUUGUAACAAGACUUAGAAUGGACUUAAUUGUGCUUAUAUUUAAGCUUCUGCCAUGUCCAUAUGUAGACUGCACCAAGUGCACAGGCUUUUGUCUCAGUCAGGGGGGGUGCAGUCAGUGCUGUCACUGAACCUGGAGACAGUGAAUGAUUAUGUUUAGGGUGGGCACCAGUAUUUUGCCAGGGAGGCUCAUACUGCAGGUCCCACUGGCACAUGCACACCUGCGAUCUUAGAGCUGCCGAGAAGAAUCAGCCUGGGUGUUGGCAAACACCCUCCAGAGGAUGACUGUGAGUGUGUCCCUUGGGACUCUGCUGUCCCUGUGGGCUGAGGAAGACAGAGGCUUUUGUUCAAGAGUCUGUUGAACCUCCCCUGUACCUGUUACAAGUCCUCACUCUCCUACAGUUUCGUGGGUCACUUACAUGUAAAAGUGCAUUUUUCUAAUCAUCUGAUGCAGAAAAACCCGUAUUUUUAGUUCUUAGGAAAGAAUUGUUGUAAAAGCAGCUGAUGUAUUAAAUAAAUCACCAAGAAGUUGUAGCCAUCAGCAGUAUUGCAGCAAGCUGCUGUACACACUGUGCAGAAUCUUCUUGAUGUAAAGGAGGAGGGAUGUACAUAGUUAAUUAUUAAUAAUAAUCCUGAAUAUUUGUAAGUGGAGUUUAUGUAUUUUAUUUUUUUUAAUAGUCAUUACAGAAAACUGUUUCUUCCUUGGCUGUCAUUGCUGAUGAUGCGAGAUCAUCUCCCAGUUAAGGUGCAGUUAUGACAUUCAUAGUAGGCAAAAAAAACCACAUCAUGCUGUCACUGCACUGAGUUCCAGAUGCGUGUUUUGUUCUUCAUGUUUCUGUUCUGUUCUUCUGUUGCUGAAUGAUUCACUGGGUCUUGGCCUUGCAGCCAAGUCAGAGACCUGUCCAGCAGAGCCUGUGCCUUUGUCGGGAGCUAUGGGAAGGGAAGAUGGGGAGGGGGAGAGGAAAUCUCUGUAAAAGGGAGAAUUGUUUUCUGACCUACUUCACUUUCUUUGUACAGUUAAGAUUAAAAUAAUGUACAAUAAAUGUAUCUUGGAAUUUCCCUUCUUUAACAAAUAGAAUAAUUAGGAGGAGGAGGAUAGAA